AUGGAUGAGAAGGGUGUGGUGUGGGUGGAGGAUGUGAGGGUGGCGGGAUGUUCAAGGCCCGCUGAAUUUAUAUCGACGCCACGGAAGCUUCUCGAGCCCUGGGAUGGCGGAGUCAGAGGGGCGGUAUGCGCUAGUCCGCUUUGGGUUAGGGCUGCUGACAUCAUGGAUCGGCCAAUCUUUCCCCGUACGUUGCCCGAUUGUUGGCUGAGGUUCUGGGCUGCGCUUUGCUUGGGGGUUUGUGUAAGGAAUAUGCCAUUUGGGUGGUGUUGUUUGGCUGUAAUUAUUGUGCUGGUUCGUCCAUAG